AGCCGCGGCGGGAGGGCCGAGCCGGCGGCGGCCGCAGCGCCACCAUGGAGGCCAUCGCCAAGUACGACUUCAAAGCCACCGCGGACGACGAGCUGAGCUUCAAGCGGGGCGACAUCCUCAAGGUUUUGAAUGAAGAAUGUGAUCAGAAUUGGUACAAGGCAGAACUCAAUGGAAAAGAUGGCUUCAUUCCCAAGAACUACAUAGAAAUGAAACCACAUCCAUGGUUUUUUGGAAAGAUUCCCCGAGCAAAGGCUGAAGAGAUGUUAGGCAAACAGAGACACGAUGGUGCCUUUCUCAUCAGGGAGAGCGAGAGCGCUCCUGGGGACUUCUCCCUCUCAGUCAAGUUUGGAAAUGAUGUGCAGCACUUCAAGGUGCUUAGAGAUGGGGCUGGCAAGUAUUUCCUCUGGGUGGUGAAGUUCAAUUCUUUGAACGAGCUGGUAGAUUAUCACAGAUCCACAUCUGUCUCCAGGAACCAGCAAAUAUUUCUCCGGGACAUUGAACAGGUGCCGCAGCAACCAACGUACGUUCAGGCCCUGUUUGAUUUUGAUCCCCAGGAGGAAGGAGAGCUAGGCUUCCGCCGCGGAGACUUUAUCCAAGUCCUUGACAAUUCUGACCCCAACUGGUGGAAGGGAGCCUGCCACGGACAGACGGGCAUGUUUCCACGCAACUACGUGACCCCGGUGAAUCGGAACAUCUAGAGAUAAAUAUUAGAGAUUAUUUAAAGAAACCAGAGAAACAGUAAAUACACAUACAGAGCCUAACUGCAGCCAGUGACCUAAAAUCACACGGCGAUAAAACCUGAGUCACCUUCCACCGCGAGGUGAUCCUCCUUCACUCAGUACGGAGCUGCAGAGGCAGGGGGAGAGUUCAACUUACACACCAAAACUUAUCUUUAAAAAGGAGAAAAAAAAAAAAAGAGAGAGAGAGAGAAAAAAGAAAUGAAAAUAACAAAUUUCCUCAGCUGCUCCUGGGUUACCCCCUUUCAUUCGCUCUUCUUGUUUCCCCCUCCUCCUCUGUCCAUCCGUGCAUGAUGUUUUAAUGCCAUAUAAAGUCCUAGCCAUGCAGUUAAAGGAAAAGGGAGAAACUCUGCUGGUAUUUUCUCUCUCUGCAAGCAGUCUUCAUUUGACAUGAAGGGACAUGAGAGAAGAACCAAAUCCACAGUCCUGCCUUUAAAAAUAAAAACACAAAAGUCAUCAGUCUUUGCAUUUGCCUUCAACAUUCAGCUCUUCUGGCCUGGGAAAGAUGAGGUGUUGCUCUGAUUUUUAUUUUCUCUUCUCCUUUGGCACUUUCUUACGGAGCUCAGCAGCUUCCAAGCAGGGGAAGGGAGAAGAGUGUAUGUGGCUUUUGUUUUGUUUUUCUUUUUCUUUUGAGUCACAGAGCUGCUUUGAGAAAUUCCAGCCUACAACUGAAGUCUGUUCUUGCUGUGCUGACAGCUUUUUGUUUU